AUGAAAGAAAGGAACAAUCGAGGAAGUGAUAGGUCUGGACAUUUGACGACAGCGAUAUUGGAACUUGAACGAUAUCGACUGGAUAUUAUCGCAAUUCAAGAAGUAAGGUGGCCGGGAGAAGGAAGCUUAAAAACUGGAAAUUGGAUGGUAUUCUAUAGUGGUGGUACUGGACACCAGUUAGGGGUUGGUUUCAUUGUGAAUGACAAGAUAUUACCUAGAGCCAAAAACUUAAAGGCAGUAAAUGACAGAUUUUGCUACAUUGAACUGGAGUGCCAAUGGUUUAACGUGAUGCUAAUUAAUGAAUAUGCUACAACUGAAGACAAAGAAGAUGAGGUCAAGAAUAUUUUUUACGAAGAUUUGGAUAAUGUAUGUGACCUGGUACCGAACAACAAAGUAAAAAUCUUACUAGGGGAUUUCAAUGCAAAAAUAGGAUAG